CAACUAGUUUUUAUUUCCGGUGUUUUGGUGUUAGUUGUGGUCGUUAAUCGACAUCUUGCUUCGUAGGAGUGGAUUUGGGAGUUAGAGGAUUUGUCAUAUUGUUGCUGAGUAUGAGAUGAACAUAAUCCUGCUGCAAAAUGCUGUUGAUGGAGGGUACCUUGUAAUGACCUUGAGAAGGCGACGAAAGAGACCAGCGCCACCUCCUCCGUUACCAAUACGUCACACGCCAUCUUUACAUCAUCGCAACAGUCACGAUAGCGGUCGACCUGUGGGUUCAAUCGGUCUGUAUUGUCAAGCGAUGUCUCAAUCAACAACAUGUCUUCCGAGUGAAUCUAGCGUCGAUCGUGUACCUCAUAGCAAUGGUAACAUCGGCUUUAACGCACCGUUGUCGUCUUCCAGUGCUGAACUGAGUAUUUCUAACGACGACGUUUUUGUUGACUCUUCAACACCCGAUGACAAAGUUAUUUACGUUAAUAUACCAAAAUAUGAUUUAAUAAAUGGAGAUCAUCAAACUGGUGGUUGCUCGGCAUCAGAAUUUCAUUAUUGUGAAAAUUGUAAACAAAGAACUCAGAGCACGUCUGCUGUCGAGGACAUGGUGAAUUGGUCAAGUGAGAUCAGUCCGCCAAAACAUUUUACACAUGAAUAUAAGAACAGAAACUCUCCAGAACUUUUACGACAGAAUUCAACGUCAACUCUCGUAGGCGAAAAUGGGAAUCGUAGUGGAAGUUGUGAAUCAUUAUCGACCAAUCAAAAUCAUAGUAAACUUUCAAGCAGCAGUAUUACGCCGUUACGUCGCCUUGUGGAACGUAAUUUGUUAAAAUCUUGUGAUAAUCGUGGUGAGGUUUAUUCUCCGUCCAAUGGUAGUCCAUGUAGCUGUCACUCUGAUAUAGGAACAGGAAGUGCUGUGUCAUCGCCAGGUUGUUCUAGUAAGAAGAGAAUUAUAACGAAGAUUCAUCUAUUAAAGGAUGAGAAUGGUUUAGGUGUACAUAUCGCGGGUGGUAAGGGCUCGAAGAAAGGGGAUAUUGGUAUAUUUGUAGCUGGCAUAACUGAAGAAGGAGCUGCUCACAGGGAUGGUCGUUUAAAGAAGAACGAUGAACUACUGAUGAUUAACGGAAAGAGUCUGAUUGGUUUAUCUCAUCAAGAUGCUGUCGAAGUUCUUAGAAGUGCUCCACGAUUGGUUCAGCUUGUUGUCUCAUCAAAGAUUCGUAAAUCUGCAUCGGUGGCCUCAACUUUAUCAGCAUCAAACUGUGAAAGUCCUAGAAUCCUGUCCCCGAUACCACAGAACGGCCACAGCGAUAAUUGUUUUCCUCCUGUACCAGAAGUUGUCGCACAAACACCGUGUGGUAGCGUCGUCAAAUGGGAGGAACUUUUUGAUAAAUUUAAACCAAUAGAAAACCCAUCAAAAGGCCUUGAGGCUCCUCCACCCUACGUGAGCGGAAUAAGGUCGCCAAGAUAUGGACCAGCACAGACUAUUACAGUACAGAAAGGGGCUCGGGGAAAAGGGCUCGGAUUUAGUAUUGUUGGAGGAAAGGAUUCAGCGAAGGGAAAUAUUGGGAUAUUUGUACGAAGGAUUUUCUCAAAUGGUCUGAUAUCAGAAGAUGGCAGGAUAACAGAAGGUGAUGAAUUAUUAGAAUUAAAUGGCGAGUCGUUGUACGGUCUAACACAUAAAGAGGUUAUUGCACGGUUCCGUGGAUUAAAGAGAGGUUUAGUGACCUUGACCUAUAGAGGUCGUAUAACAUCACCAUGUGCCAGCCCCAGAUUGUCUCCAACAGAAUCCCUGGAUGGGAGUCCUGUAUCCACACCCAGUCAUUCACCACGACACACACCUCAAAACAGUAUUUCCGACCCAUCAGUAUUUGGAAUAGAUAUUAACACAAAUCACAGCGCUCCUGUACCUCCACCAACCCCUUAUCGACUACCCUUUUAUUCCCCAGCCAGUGAAAUCCUUCUUCAAAGUGCUUUCCAGAACCAAUGUAAUCUGUUGUCACCCAUGACGACGCUUGCCGGGACCAAUAACCUCUUCGCCCAGACAGACAGGUUGUUAGAACAGAAUAUGAUGGCAUCCAUGCAGAGAAUGGAAUCCUUCGCCCAGAGUUCAUCGUUCAGUAUGAUGUCAUCGAGUAGCUUCUCUAACGGUUCCGUCGUUUGGCAGGCGGAAGAAUCUGAGAAGCAGUUUCGACAGUUUGACGUUUUACUCCAUAAAGAACCAGGUUUUAGUCUCGGUAUAAAUGUUGUACGCAAGACGAUAGCAGGUGUUAGUAAUGUUUAUAUACAAGAUAUUGUCAAUCCAUCUCCGGCAUAUUCUGAUGGCCGUUUAAAAAAAGGUGAUAUGUUGAUAGAAGUUAACGGACAUCCCAUGCAUGAAUUAACGUUACUUGAUUCAUUUCAUCUCUUCCGUAAUCUACCCCCGGGACCAGCAACCAUAUUGGCACAGCGUGAAUUUAAAACUGUCACCAGGACACAAGAAAAUUCUCCAACAAGCCAGUGUCCUUAAACAUUAAUCACCCUCGGGGGAAGGUCAGUGCUGAAGCUGUUCGUUAAUGUUGCUAUUUAGUUGAAGUUUCCUGGGAUUUGGAAACGAAGGUUUUAGUUCUGGAUUCAGCAGAUUUUUGGAUCAUCCCGUUGAAUUUGAUUGUUAUGUUCAUGUUUUGUGUUAGUGUUUUAUUUAUAUUUUAUUUUUAAGCUCCAACGAUUUCUAUUACAUUUUAUACCCAAUUCUUAAGACACACAUUUCCCUCAUAGAAUAAUCCGCCUUCAUGAGCCCAGUGGGUGCAGAAAAGUAGGACAUUAAACCCAAUUUCAUUUAAUCAGCUGCGUAUGUUAACUGUAAGUAUGUUCGGUUAAAUGGGAUACAUGAUGUAUUACUGUAAAUAGCUGUUCAACACAGGCCUGUAGCUAGCGGGAGGGGGGGUCAAGGGGGCAGCACUCUUUCCAUUGGACGAAAUAUGAAGCCAACAACCAAUGUGCCCAUAUCAGUAUGGGUACCACAUAAAACCGAGUGACAUUGGUUGCCUGGUUCGGCACCCUUACAUUGGACGCAAUAUGAAAUGAAGCGCUCAUAUCAGUAUGGGCACCCCAUAAAACUGAUGACAUUGGUUGGGCUACCCUCCUUGCCCCCCCCCCCCAGCUACGGGCCUGUAACAGUUAAAACCUUUAUUUUGUACAGAUGAAUUAUCUUUUACUUAUUAAAGAAUAAUUCUUUUUUUUUAACACAAUGUAUUUCUCGAAUUGUUAAAAGUUUAGAUAUAAAAAUAUUUGGAAAUACAAGGGGAAUUUGUCAUUUAAAAAUUCAAUUUAGUUUUCCAUUUUCAAAAAUAAAUCGCACAUUUGCCACAAUAUAACUCCAAGGUGCUGAUGUGCCAUUAAACAUCACUUUAUUUCUAGAUAUCAUCUAUUUAUAGACAAAAUACUUUUGUUACUUAUUGUUAUAGAAAUCGUUGAUGUUGUUUAGUUAAUUGACGCAAGUUCUAGUCAGCCAUUUUGAGAAGAAAAGGGCCUGUAAAUUUAAAUAAAACGCACAAAAUGAUAUAACGAAAUCCAAACAACAAAAAUACGCCAAAAGUCUCAAUCGAAUGGCAAUCUCUAGCAUCUGGUUAUUCCAGUCUUCACCUAGGUAUUGAUUGCACAUUGUGGAAUAUGUCUAGCCUUGUUCAUACACAAAUCGUGUACCAUAAUGCGUUUCAGUGCCUGAAACGCAUUAUGGUACACGAAUCGUGUACCAAUGGUAAAAUGUUUAUUUUGUCUUAAAUAUUGGACAUCAGAAGCCCAUCUUUUCCCAAUUAGAUCACAACAUCAAUGUUGAUUUAAAUUGACAAAUAAUUUGUGUUUUUAAUGCCGAAGACUUUGGAUGAUAUUGAGUUAGAGACUUAGCUACUUUAGAACCAAAAGUCAAUAGCUUUUUGUUCCAAAUUUUGGAAUGGGUUACAAAAUAUAUGUGACCCGCUCCCACGAAACCAGACGCUUUGUCGCACAACUUCAUUUUGUACUACAGGCACAAAAGCAUAAACUAUAUGCCUUCUUUUUGCUGUAAAUGAGCCGAACUCAACUCCAGACUAUACAACAAAAUUAAAAUUGCAUUUUUGGAAAGCUUAGGCUGUGGACUAUUCAAAUAUGCUGCCAGCUGUAUUUUUAUAAAAAUGACCAAGAAUCUGGUUUUGUGGGAGCAGGUCACAUAUAUACUGCAUUUAGGAAUGAUUUUUAGUGAAUUAAACUAAAUAAAGGGACAUAACUCUUUAUCCACUCUGCAUGUUUUCCAUUUGUACUAUAUUUUGCUAAAUUCUUCCUUCCAACUUGAAAAUCGUGCACAAAAAAUUGGAACAUGUGCCUUUAACAUUUCCAGAUGAAUGCAUUUAAUUGACGGCUGAUCUUGAAUUCUACGCCAGUUCUACAAUUUAUUAUAUAUUAUUAUUUAUUGUUUUAAUUUCGAUUUUAUGUCAAAUCAAAAUAUGAUUGUUUAAAUGUUUGAAGUGCUCUUAGUAUGAAAGGGAACGUCCACCAAGACUGACUAUCAUUGUAGCAUCACCCCAGAAAGAAAGUUAAUUGGAGUUUACUUGAAAAUAUUGAAUGGGACUCAGCCGUUUUUGGUCUGAUUAUAUUCCUUUUAGAGUUCAAAUUUCACAAUAUAGUAACAUAAGGUACAAUUUUAUGGAUACACAAUUAAUGAGUUUAUACUAAGCAACCUUUCGACGAGGAUACUGAGUAUUAAACUCAGUAAUUGUGUAUCAAUAAAAUUAGACCUUGUGUUAAUAUGUUCACUAAUAGUUUAAGAGGCAUUAACAAUCCCUCAUAUUUCCCCAUAUUGUAGUUUUCAAGCGUUCAACCAACCCUCUUCAAGUAACUUGUAUUCCAUAUAAUAGUGUCAUUUGUUAUUCUCAUACAAUUACUAAAUGCCACUUAAACAAAUUAAUUCAUUCCUAUGAUGAUGAGAGACCUCUAUCCUACAACAGUUUUCUAAUUCAAAAGAUUUUCAAGGGAAAUUUUUCUCGAAAAACAGCGCUGUGACUUACUUUUAUUUUGUACCAUCCAAAUAACAAGACGAUGUUCUCGUCAGACCUCAGGCCCCCAGCCCCCAGUCCGCAGUCCUGCACCUACUAACAAAGGAAGGAGACUACACCUAGAUAAACCCCAGGAUCAAAGCCUAGACCUCCUGGUUACCAAUCCAGCAUCUUACUCACUGAGUCAAUGCGGUUCCCAUGACUGUGCGGCAACUGUGUCAGAUUAGGUGGAUUAUUAUUUUACUCACUGAGUCACAGUGGUUCCCAUGACGGUGUAGUGCCUGUGAUUGUCUGUUUAGGUGGAUUAUUGUCUUUCUCACUGAGCCAAUGCGGUUCCCCGUGCGUCAACUCUGAUUGUCAGUUUAGGUGGAUUAUUGUCUUUAAGUAUUUAUAUGUUAAUCGGCCUUAUCUGUGUUGUGCUGUUGUCUAUCAAAUUUAUUAAUCAACGACCAAUCUGUCUAUUUAUUAAUUAAAAAUGAUAUUUUUGUAGUAGUCUGUAUGUUAGUGAAUUUUGUUUAAAUGUCUCAAAUAUUUCUACUGGUUAAUUAUUAUAUAUGUAGGGUAAUACAAAUUUAUGCAUUUAUCAGUACUGGCUUUAAUAUGUGCGUACUCGUUUCGUUUUUUUAUACUUUUGAUAGCCUACACAACAUGAAGAGUUGUAGUUGGAGGUCACAUCAAGUGUCAUACGAGCGGCUUUGACCCUAUGAUGUCAUACAUUGAUUAAUCAAUCAGCGAUGGCAGUUCUAGUGGUUUAACCAAAGUUCCGUGCACCUCAUGCCAAAAACUUGCCAUAACAGACCGUUUCAUUGGCUAAUCCCUCACAUCAUCCAGCACACUGAUUAUAUAACAACUCUUCCAGAUCCUAGUGUAGUAAAGACAAGUAAAAUGAAAUUUUGAUCUAUAAAAUGAAACGAAAUAGGAUCUGUGUUUUAAUCAAAUUGCAAUACUUUAAUAUUUGCUGUAUAUAAAUCUGUUAAUUCCUUAUGGUAUUUUAAAAAAAUUACGUAAUGCCCUCUAAAUCCUCAAUUCUCCAACCCCACACUUGAGUUGAUAUUGCAUCUCAUCUCUAUAAUGAUUUCGGGGGUUGGAUGGCCGAAUGAUUAGCACUUGCACGCUGUAUCAUAAGGUGUGUCAUUGAGUGAACUGGCGGGGUUUCGAUGCAAGGAGUAAGGUCACCUGUCCAGCCUCGUGUUUUUUCUCUGGGUUCUCCAGUUUCCUCCCACUGCUAAAGACCCAUAUGCGCAAGUGAAUUAUAGAAAUAAAAUUCAACCAUGUGUUAGUCCCAAAAUUACCUAAUUUGUGUCAAGUGGACAUUAAACCCCUUUUCUCUCUCUCUUUCGUGAUUUCACAGACAUUGAGCUAUAAAUAUAUUUUUAUAUAUCUCGGAGAGAGAGAGAGAGAAAUGGGGUUUAACGUCCCCUUGGCACAAACCAGGUCAUUUUGGGGGUUCAAUUGUAUUUCAAUAAUUCGCUUGUGUGUAGGGGUCUUCAGCAGUGGGAGGAAACCGGAGGACCUGAAGAAAACCCAUGAGGUUGGACAGGCUACCCUACUCUUUGGCACGUACAACCAGGGAAUCACUUAAGAGAAGAUUAAUAUUUACAAUUAUUAUUUUGAAAAUAUAAGUGAAAAGGAUGCAGUAACAAGUAAACAUGGUUAUAUAAAACUUGUCUCCCUCAUAACACAUUGUAUGGUGUAUGCCCAUCUGCAUUAGCCCAGUCGGAGCAGAACAGUAGGGUGUUAAACCCUAUUUCAUUUCAUUUCUAUAUCAAAAGAUAAUUCGUUUGCUAUCAAGAGAUGUUUGGAUCUUGAAAUGAAUAACAAUUUU